CGAUCGUCGGGCCUCAUCCCUCUCACUCUUCCACCCUCAUCACAACUGACAAACGCAAUGCUCGCCCCCGCUCGUCUCUCCACUCGUGUUGCGGCUCGCCGCCUUCCUGUCCUCACCCGCGGCUACGCGGCGCCCCCUCCCCCGCGUGACCCCAAGCGCGACCCAGCUGUUGAUGAGGCGCUCCACGCCCAGGCCCAGGCGGGCCGGAACGCGCCCUCGGGCGGCGGCGGCGGCGGGACUGGUAUCGCGGUCAUGGCCGUGCUCGCCGCAGCCGGUGCAGGCGCGUACUACUUCUACCAGAACUCCGGGACGCACAGCGUCGAGUACGAGGCCCGUCAGGCUGCCGAACACGCCGGCCAGGCCGCUGUGAACGCCAAGGACAAGGUUGUUUCUGAGGCGCGCGGCACGGCCGAUGACCUGGACAGCGCGGCCCGUCGCGCCCGUGACCAGGCGUACGCUAAGGGACACGAGAUUGGCCGCGAUGCACGUGCCGCCGGCCACCAGAUCGGAGCUGAGGCGCGCCAGUUCGGCCGCGAUGUGCGCGAUGCCGGGCGCGACGUGCGCGACACCGGACGCGAGAUCGGACACCAGGUGCACCAGGACGCGCGCGACUUGAAGGGGCAAGCAGCGCAUGUGGGACAGCAGCUCGGCGACCGCGCGCAGCAGCUUGGCCAUGAGCUGUCGGCGGAGGCGCGCUCUGCCGCCGACCAGGCGAAGGCUAAGCUUGCUGCGGCGGGGCAAGCUGUCAAGGGCACGUUCCAGGACGCGGAGCGCAGCGUCGAGCGUGGCAUCAACACGGCCGAGAGCAAGGUCCGCGACAGCAUCGGCACUGCCACCGACGAGGCCGGCGUUGUCGCCGGCGUCGUGCCCCAGCGCACCAAGUUCUUCGGUAUCCAGCUUCGGUGAUCUUGUCUGUAGCCUUUAAUGCAUGUUCUAAAGUGGGAC